CUCCUUCAACAACAACAGCUAGUCAGACACCUCGGUAGCUUUCUAGGAAACACAGCUACAACAUUCACGCUCUUUACACUGUUUUUGGUGUAUAUUAGUCGCUGUGUAUUAAACACACUUCUGUCCUAUGUACUUGUUGGCCCAUUUAAUUAUAUGUUUACGUUGUUUGUUUGUCAGGUAGCUGGUUUGCUAAAUUAGCUUAGAACUUGUCUUGUCGCUAAUGCUAACAUCUCCGACCAUGAGUUCACGAAGCUACUCUCCUCCUGAUAAAGAAGAGGAGGUCUGCUGGACGGAGAAAGAAGCUCUCGUCAAAGACGAGGAGGAAGAGAAGGAUGUUACAAUACAAAAACAAGUAGAGGGUGAGGCUGUUACCGUGAAAGAAGAAGAAAAAGACGUUUCAGUGAAAGAAGAGGAAGACGCGUUCAGAGUGAAAGAGGAGGAGGAUGUUAUAGUAAAAGAAGAGGAGGGGGAGAUGACUGUCACAUUGGAGGAAGAAGAGGAGGUUGGAGAUCUGUUUAACACCAGAGAGAGACGGGACUAUUGUGGAUCCUCUGGGGAGCCUCAACAACCUCAUGAUGCUGAAGAGGCAGAGAAGAGUCUCUCCAGAUCAGAACACCUCAACAAACACCCGCAGAGACCCACAGGGAAGAGAACUCACUGCUGCUCUGACUGUGGGAAGAGAUUCACCUCCUCAUCAGGCAUUACAAUUCAUCAGAGAAUCCACACAGGAGAGAAACCUUAUAUCUGUACUCAAUGUGGGAAGAGUUUUGCUACGUCUAGCCAUCUGACAUUACACCAGAGAACACACACAGGAGAGAAAUCUUAUAUCUGUGAUCAAUGUGGGAAGAGUUUUUCUGCAUCUAGCUAUCUGACUCUACACCAGAGAACACACACAGGUGAGAAACCAUAUAUCUGUGAUCAAUGUGGCAAGAGUUUUGUUCGAUCUGACCAGCUGACAUUACACCAGAGAACACACACAGGGGAGAAAUCUUAUAGCUGUGGUCAAUGUGGGAAGAGUUUUGGUCAAUCUGGAGAUCUGACAGUGCACCAGAGAACACACACAGGAGAGAAACCUUAUAGCUGUGAUCAAUGUGGAAAGAGUUUUGUUAGAUCGAGCCUUCUGACAUUACACCAGAGAACACACACAGGAGAGAAAUCUUAUAGCUGUGAUCAAUGUGGCAACAGUUUUACUACCUCUAGCUACCUGUCUCUACACCAGAUAACCCACACAGGAGAGAAACUUUUUUAUCUGUGAUCAAUGUGGGAAGAGUUUUGUUCGACCUGGCCAGCUGACAUUACACCAGAGAACACACACAGGAGAGAAACCUUAUAGCUGUGAUCAACGUGGGAAGAGAUUUGCCACAUCAGGCUCUCUGACUCUACACCAAAGAACACACACAGGAGAGAAAUCUUAUAGCUGUGGUCAAUGUGGGAAGAGUUUUGCUGCAUCGAGCAAUCUGACUCUACACCAAAAAACACACACAGGAGAGAAGCCUUAUAGCUGUGUUCAAUGUGGGAAGAGUUUUGGUCAAUCUAGCAUUCUGACUCGACACCAGAGAACACACACAGGAGAGAAACCUCAUAGCUGAUACCAAAUAUAAUCUGAUAAAAGAUCUCUGCUCAAAUAUCAGAACAUGUAUACAUGAUGGAGUUGUUUCAUGAUAUCAAUGAAUUAAUGUCACAAUGUAGAAUGUUUUAACAUUGUAGUUGGAGUGUUUGCCCCCUUAUCAAUUGAUUUCAACAUGAUAUCGAUGAGUGAUGACAAAUAAGUGUUGCAGUCCUUUGUUUAGCGACCCCUGAAUUUAAAUGCAUCUCUCCAAAAUGUAGCUGACUGUCUUCUGCAGGUUGUCCUCCAACCAGUGAGGUAAAAGAUAUCUCCCAUUUCCAUGUGUUUUUUUAGUUGUGUUCGUUUCAACAUCAGGUAGAACUGAUUCCCCCCUAAUCGACAUCAGUGAUUUAUUGCUACUUAUCAAAACAACAGCAUUUUUGGUGCUUGUGCAGUUUAUAAGGAACUUGUUUAAAAAAUACAAGUAAUAUGAUUAUUGUGGUAUAUUGUACAAUUUAUGUUUCGUUUUUCAAUUUAUCACAAACUGUUUCUGCAUAUUGGUUAUUGAUUUCGACACGUUUAAACUGUGACAUUGGCAAAAUGUUGUUGAUAAGACUUUGCCCGAAGUCCAAUAUAAGUUUGGUUUUAGUUGAAAAGAAAACAAUUAACUAUUUAAUUUCAACGUACUUGUAGCCUAUACACAUGGUCGCAGUAUAAUAAAUUGAGUCUAUAAUACAUUUUAUUAACAGUAUU